AUGGCAGCCAUCACGACUCUUGCUGGAUUUUGGCUCUGGGGGCUUAUCGACGGGAAAGUUCUCGCGACUGCAUCUAAGAGAUAUAGACCGGUUGAGCGCCAGGAUGAUGAUCCCUCUUUCAAUAUUGACACAUCGGACGUCAGUGUCAUUGUGCCGACAGUCGACACCAAGGCAUCGUUUCCUACCUGCCUUCAAACCUGGGUUGCCAACAACCCUGGAGAAAUUAUAAUCAUUGGAAUAGAGAAGCAGCGCGAUCAUAUAGCCAGCCUGGUUCAGCGUGCCGCCCUAUCACCAGAUCUGGCUACCAAAAUCAAGAUACUCUACGCACCAGCGGCAAGCAAAAGGGAUCAAUUCAGACUAGGCAUUGAAGAGUCCACCGGCAGUAUUAUUGUCAAUGUAGACGAUCAUAUCAUUUGGUCGGACGAGUUCCUCCAACAUACACUACCAUGUUUCCAAGACAAGUCUGUCGGGGCCGUCGGAACACCACUUACAAUUCACAUCCCUCCACAUCGCCGCAACAGCAAAAGCAUUACACCCUGGGAGACAGCCAUGAUGAGGGCUCUCUGGAAGAGAAAUCACGGACUAGAAGCAGUUUACGCCGCCUACGGUUGGUGCUGGGUGCUGGCUGGGUCGACUGUUGUUUUCCGAGCUGAGAUUCUCAAGGAUCCCCGGUUUCUGCACGGCUUAACAAAGGACUACUGGCUGGGCCGGUAUAAACUUGACACAGGAGACGAUACCUUCUCAUCACGUUGGCUACAGCAACACGAUUGGAAGAUUGCCAUUCAGUCCAUGCCAGCGACAGAAGUUAACAGAACAACGGUCAAGACUGGUUCCGCGUUUUUUGAGCAGGCCUUCCGAUGGGAACGAAGUACCAUACAGUCCUAUCUGCGUACGUUACGAGACGUUUCUCAGAUUUGGAAGAAACCAUAUGUCGCCCGUAAGACAAUCGAACGAGUUUGUCGGCCCCUAUUGACCGGUAUACAUAUUUAUGCGUGGAUUCGCUCGUUCAUGACUUACCCGACACUAGCAUCCUUGCUACUGCUGUAUUAUGGUUGGGAUUCAAGCUUGAGCUACAGUGCAUUUCUUGGCCGAUAUCCUUAUAUGAGGCGCCAUUUGUGGGCUGCUGUGCUGAUUGACUAUUUCUACGUGAUCCAGGAUGUUUGGAGCUGGUUGACUCUUAAUGAUACUUCUUGGCGCCGAUAG